UGCUUCUCCUUCUUUUCUUCUUCUUUCCUCUUCCUUUCCAUUAUUUUUGUUAUUUUCUUCCCUUUCUGUGAAAUCGGAAUUCAUCGCCGGAGAUUUUCUCCGUUUCUCUCCUCAGAGCCACCAACAAUGGAGGUUUUAUCUUCUUCUUCUCCUCUCACGCUUCACUCUCGCUGCCUCUUCUCUUCCUCUGCUCACCGUUUCGAUUCUUUCCCUGUUGCUUCUCUCUCCGCUUCUUCGAUCUCUUCUUCCACUUCUUCGUAUUUCGGAAUUUCGUUCUCUAAUCGGAUCCUUCACCGCUUCUCCGCCGGUUCUUCUAGCUUCCGUCGGUUUCCAUCGAGGAAACGCCGGAGGUUCACUCCGAUUACGGCGGUUUUCGAGCGGUUCACGGAGCGAGCGAUCAGAGCGAUAAUUUUCUCGCAGAAGGAAGCUAAAUCGUUGGGGAGAGACAUGGUGUUCACUCAGCAUCUUCUCCUGGGCCUGAUCACAGAGGAUCGCGAUCCUCGCGGGUUUCUAGGGUGCGGAAUCACCAUCGACAAAGCUCGUGAAACUGUGUGGAGCAUCUGGAACGACGAGGUCUCCGAUUCUAAUUCUCCGAAACAGCAGGAAGUUUCGUCUACUUCGUACUCAAAGUCAACAGACAUGCCGUUUUCCGUAAGUACGAAGAGGGUCUUCGAGGCUGCGGUCGAGUACUCUAGGACUAUGGGGUGCCAGUUCAUUGCACCUGAACACAUCGCCAUCGGUCUCUUCACCGUCGACGACGGUAGCGCCGGCAGAGUCCUUAAGAGAUUGGGAGCGGAUAUCAACCAGCUCACAGAAGCAGCACUCUCCAGACUCAAAGGAGAGCUUGCCAAGGAUGGCAGAGAACCAUCUCUUGCAUCUAAAGGGAGCCUUGGUGAUUUCUCUAACGGUAAAACUGCUAGUUCUAAAAUGUCGGAAAAAACAAAAGGUAAAAAUGUCCUGGCACAGUUCUGUGUGGAUCUUACAGCUCGUGCCAGUGAAGGCCUUAUAGAUCCUGUUAUCGGUCGAGAAACUGAAGUUCAGAGAGUCAUUCAGAUCCUAUGUCGCCGAACCAAAAACAACCCAAUUCUUCUUGGUGAAGCUGGUGUCGGGAAGACAGCCAUUGCUGAAGGACUUGCAAUAAGUAUCGCACAGGCAGAGGCUCCUGCCCUUCUUUUGGCGAAGCGCAUAAUGUCCUUGGAUAUAGGACUGUUAAUGGCUGGUGCAAAAGAAAGAGGAGAGCUGGAGGCUCGGGUUACUUCCUUAAUAAGCGAAAUAAAAAAAUCAGGUGACGUCAUUCUCUUUAUAGAUGAAGUUCAUACGCUUAUCGGGUCUGGCACAGUAGGGAGAGGAAACAAGGGGUCUGGACUCGACAUUGCCAACCUCUUGAAACCACCACUCAGCCGGGGUGAACUUCAGUGCAUUGCGUCCACAACUCUUGAUGAAUACAGGAGUCAGUUUGAGAAGGACAAGGCACUUGCUAGGAGAUUUCAGCCGGUGUUGAUUGAUGAGCCGAGCCAGGAGGACGCGGUGAAGAUUCUGUUGGGUCUACGUGAGAAAUACGAGGCACAUCACAAUUGCAAAUAUACAAUGGAUGCAAUAGAUGCUGCUGUAUACCUUUCAGCACGAUACAUUGCUGAUAGAUUUCUUCCGGAUAAAGCUAUCGAUCUCAUCGACGAGGCAGGAAGCAGAGCCCGGAUCGCAGCUUUUAGGAAGAAAAGGGAGGAUGAGAUUUGUAUCCUUUCAAGGCCUCCAGACGAUUACUGGCAAGAGAUCAGAACUGUCCAGGCCAUGCAUGAAGUGGUCCUAUCGAGCAGGCCAAAGCAUGAUGAUUCUAGCGAACUCGUUGUCGAGUCUUCUCUACCUCCUACCGUCGGCGAGGAUGAGCCUGUAGUUAUCGGACCUGAAGAUAUAGCGGCGGUUGCAUCGAUUUGGUCUGGAAUCCCAGUUCAGCAAAUCACAGCCGACGAAAGAAUGCUUCUGUUGGGUCUAGACGAGCAACUUCGAAGGAGAGUAGUUGGUCAAGAUGAGGCUGUGACCGCUAUCUCUAGAGCGGUUAAGAGGUCACGAGUUGGUUUAAAGGAUCCUGACCGUCCAAUCGCCGCUAUGCUCUUCUGUGGACCGACUGGGGUCGGUAAAACAGAGCUUACAAAAGCCCUGGCCGCGAGCUACUUCGGUUCGGAAGAGUCGAUGCUGAGAUUGGAUAUGAGCGAAUACAUGGAGCGUCAUACGGUGAGCAAGUUGAUCGGUUCUCCUCCGGGGUAUGUGGGUUUCGAAGAAGGUGGAAUGCUAACGGAAGCUAUCCGGAGACGUCCAUUUACGGUGUUAUUGUUCGAUGAGAUUGAGAAAGCUCAUCCCGAUGUAUUCAACAUUCUUCUCCAGUUGUUCGAGGACGGCCAUCUGACCGAUUCACAGGGACGGAGGGUUUCCUUCAAGAACGCCCUGAUCAUAAUGACCUCUAAUGUCGGGUCAUCCGCCAUCGCAAAGGGGAGACACGGGUCGAUCGGGUUCUUUCUUCAUGACGAAGACGACGAAGAGGCAGCUUCAUACGCCGGGAUGAAAGCUUUGGUGGUGGAAGAACUCAAGAACUACUUCCGUCCCGAGUUGCUCAACCGGCUUGAUGAAAUCGUCAUUUUCCGGCAGCUCGAGCAGGCCCAGAUGAUGGAGAUCUUGAACCUGAUGCUGCAAGAGGUGAAGUCUCGGCUCGUGGCCCUUGGGGUCGGUCUCGAGGUCUCGAAGGCGGUGAAAGAGCUCGUAUGCCAACAAGGUUAUGACCCAGCCUACGGGGCUCGGCCACUCCGCCGUGCAGUGACUCAGAUCGUGGAAGAUACGCUCAGCGAAGCCUUCCUCGCCGGAUACUUCAAGCCCGGUGACACUGCUUACCUUGUCCUCGACGAAACCGGUAACCCCUCCGUCCGGAAAAAUCCCGGUUUGAACGUCCGGUCAUCGGACAACACCACAACUGUGGCUUAGUUCGUUGUUGACCGGUUAUCAGACAACAACACCACCACGAUCAUGGUUUAGUUACAGAUUCAUUGUUUUUUACUCUUUUUAAAAAAAAUGGGAAAUCGAUUGGUUGAUGUACUGUGUAUAACUGUAUAUAGUGAUUAUUAUAGGAGGUUGUGUAUAGUGUAAACAAAACUCCAAUGAGAUAUACGGUUUUCUGUUUUAUUUUUUUAUAGUGAAAGUGAAAUGAACUUA